AAAGGUAAAUUCUAGCUAUUUUUCAACUGGUCUUAAGAUUUUGAUCAGGUCUGUACAUAUGCUGACCUUUCUGCUCUAAAUCUGUCAUUCAAAUAUGUUACAAGUUUGCAUGAAAUGGCAAAAUGAUCAACUGUAAUUACAGUGUUCAGGGUUCAUCUGAUGAUACAUUAUCAACACUGCAUGCACACUACCAGACAAAAGUUUGGACACACCUCAUUCAAUGGUUUUUAUUUAUUUGUAUUAUUUAUACAUUGAGAUUAAUACUGAAUAUUAACUCUUUUUGUUUACAACAUAAUUCCAUAUGUAUGUAUGUACUGAAUGAGAAGGUGUGUCCAAACUUUUGACUGGUAGUGUAGAUCAAGCUCAUCUAGGAUGAUAUGACAGAGGCAUCACAGUAAAGGGCAAAGCCUUUUCUUCUUUUGAUUAAAGAAGUUCAUCUUGCAGGCAUAGAGAAAAUCUGUUGACCUGGAGAAGUCGGCAUGUUACUUUAAGGAAUGCUGCGUCACUGACGUCAUCACGUUAGAGUUGCUCGUCCAAUCACACGCGUCGUCUCGCAAGAACCGCGCGAUACACGAACAGACAAAGAAGUCGUCUUGCUUUCGACCAAAGAACACCAGGUGCUAGGUUGGUUCAAAGUUGAGAGCCAGUGCUUUUUUGGUUCAAAUCUCGUGCCGCCCCAGAACGGGUUUGUGUUUCCAUUCAGAAGGAGCAAAAUUGGAGCUGCGUCAUUGCGCCACCACAAAACGUGUGUACGUCACUGCGUACGUAGCCGUUCAACAGCGUUCACGCUGUACGGAAACCCACACAACAACAAUGGAGGACUUCAUUGGAGUGGUGUUCAUGGCUUUGCUAGUGUGUCUCGCCAUCGCUGAACAGCAAAACCUUCUGUUAGGGGUUACCCAUCGGCGUCGCCGUUCCAAUGCCCAGCGAUCACGUUUGAGAAGAAAGAUGUUUUUAGAUGUCACCCCGCCCUCUGCCCGUGACGUGCUCGGCUCUCAACUCUGGCCACCUCUGGCCCAGCAACGAGUUGGUGCCCGAAACGGCCCCAGAGUUUGGAGCCCGGAGCCGCAGCUCCGGUGGUCGAAACACAAAAAACCGGCGCCAAGUCGGGCGCCGGCUCCAACUCCGAACGGGCUCCACCCCGGUCGAAAAGAGGGAGUUUCUACAAUGGCGGCCCGGUAUCACCAGUCCGACUCACCACAAACUCCUCGCAUAGAACAGCCUGAACAUGACCGACUGGUUCCAGUCAGACCCGCGACAGACACUGAGAAGAAACUAUUGAGCGUUAUCAGCCGGCUGUCUGGCCAGAGAGGACCGCUGGAGGAGAAGCUGGAGGAGAGGAUAGCCGCCAUGGAAGCAAAAUUAAACACUUUCUCCAGCGGCGAGGAAAUUCAGCGGAAAAGAGGAGAGCACAGUCCUAAAAUUGCGACUGGGCUCACCUCACAAUGAGACAGUCAGGACAUAUUUAGUUAAAACUUUGGCUGAAGUCCAGAUGUGGAGGAUGUGGAGACAGACGUCCUUCUACCUGAUUGUAAAAAGCAUUUUGAAACUCUACGGAGGAACUACCGCUACAGUCAACCCAACAUGGCGGAUCAGGCGGAGGCCAUGAAGUCUUCUGCCUCAAGUCACCACAGAAGAAAGAGGGUAAGAGAUAUUAGUUUGAUUCAUUACAUUGUGUGUUUUAUACAAAAUGUGGUUAGAAUAGUAUUGCUGGUCACUAUGACAUUAUUUUUCUGUUAAAUUAUUAAAUGUAUUGAUUUCCGGGGCGCUAUGGAGCCGCGGACCCGGAAGGCAGCAUAAAGUGGAGGCUCCGUGUAACCCGCAUUAA